UACAGUAAGUGGCUAUUUUUUUUCCUCCUCUGAUUCUUCCCCCCUCCCCCAUCCCCUUCUCCCCUUAUUUAGAUUAAAAUCCCUCCUCACCCGAUCUCCCGAGAGGGGCAAAAGCAACAACCAGCAAACAAACCCCAAACCCCAAUCGGCUGCACGGAAAACAGCUGGAAGAGGAGCGAAGGAAAUCGACGCGUCGUGUUCUGUGUGUGUGCGUGUGUGUGUGUGUGUACAUACAACCGUCCCCGGCUCCAGGCUCCCGGGCCGACACCCCCACUCUGGGCGCAGGGGCGGCCGGCGAGGGGGCUGUCAGGGGCUGGGUGGGCGCCCGCCAGGCUAGGGGGCGCGCCCGGGCGGGGGGCGCGGGCGGGGAGAGCGGCGGAGGGGCCCCGCUCCCCCCGGCUGCUGGUCCGGUCGCGAGUGCGGAGAGCUAUGUCCUCCUCCCUCCGGGUGGCGCAGGGGGGAGGUGGCGGCGGCCGGGGUGGGGGGGUGGUCCCUUUCCCGGCCGCCCUCUUCCCAUUCCUCCUCCCCGGAGAGGGCGGUGAGAGAGAGAGGGUCUCGGGGAGGGCUGGACUUCCCCGCGGGUGGUCGCCCGGCCUCGGCGCCCCGGGGCGGGGGUCUCCUCUCGGAGGGCCGGUGUCGCCGGGUGUGCGGCUGCGGGCGGGGAAAGGACUGCUCCUGCAGCCUGGCCGGGACUUUGCGCGCGGCCGGGUGCCAGGCGGGGGGCGCGGAGGGGUGGCCGCGGGGGUAGCGGGUAUGCGGGUGCCUGGAGAGCGGCUGGCUGGAGAGCGGCUGGAGUGGCGGCGGCCCUGGCCGCCGCCGCCACCGCCGCCCUGCUGGUGCGGCCGCUUCCUGAUCAUGUGCAGCGGCAGCCGCCGCCCGGAGCCGGGAGCCCGCGAGCGCCCCAGUCCGGGCCGGCGCCCCCGCCAGCACCCGCGGCAGGAGCCGAGAAGCCGCGGCAGGGGCUGCCCUGAGCCGGGAGUGAACGGCUGCGCGGCUGCUGGGAGGGUGAAUGAAGCCAGGAGGAGGGGAAGGAGGAGGAGGCGGCGGCGGCGGCGGAGGAGGCGCUGCGGGAUUGGGAUGCGCCCUGGAGCCCCACUGCUCGUUCACUCUGGGCCGGGCCGGAGACUCUGCCACUCCCGGGGCCGCCGCCGCCGCCUCCUACGUGGUUCCAGUGCUGCGCGCAGGCCGGUCCCGCAGGGGGCAGGGAAGGGGGCCGGACGGGCGGAGCGAGAGGAGCAUCGUGCAUCAAGUCACCAGGGUGGUCCAUUCAAGCUGCAGAUUUAUUUGUCAUCCUUGUACAACAGUCUCCUUCUCCACUGCCACUACAGGGAAGUGCAUCACAUGUCAGGUCACAGAACAGAAAGUGCUGGUGGACAUCUCUUCUUGCCCUAAGAUCUUCGUUGGAAGUCCCCGGGACUUGGUGUCUUUGCCGUUCAAAGUGUUUAUGAACUUGCCAGGAGGCAUAAUGUGUCACCAUUUUAUUCUGGGCCACCCUAAAGGAUGACACCCAGCUUCAGAGACCUCCUCUUGGACGACAUCCCUGAGAACCAAUGUUUUAGCUGUCCCAUAGUCUGACGUCGGUUUCCGACUGCUUUUGAGCUGGCGCAGGCUUAGUCAUUAAUGGCCAGGAUGAUGUUAAAUGUUCUGCCUGAUUGGCUUGCAGCUACACACCUUUUGUCAUUUGUAGAGCAGCAACUCCCUCUUGAGCUCUUGGGGAGUCUUUACACAAAUACACUAGAAAAAAGGCACCCAUCCAUUUUUUUCCAUCUUGGCAUUAGCUCACAGGCAUAGUCCUGGGAUGACCUGGAGUAGAGGCAGUGGAGGAUAAAUUCAUCUUGCACAGACUUGUUUGUGCUAGUUCUAGCCUGUCUCUCGCCACAGAUCUAGCUUUUAAAUACUCAAGUGAUUGGUUUUGUGUAGGAAUGUGUGGAUUGUUGGAUUGGAAGAAUUUUCUCCCUGGAUUUCGAGUGUUUACAUAAGCAGAUAUAAAAAAAUUUGAUCACUGAUUUAAAUAGCAGGGCUUAUUUUAAGAAGUUAUGGGUGUUUCAAGGUGGUGCAGAAUAAAAAUGUCAGUUUUUUUUUUAUACAAGUCAUAACACAACCAAAAGGUAUAUAUUAAUGUUUUGUCAGGAAAGGGUCAAAAUGGAAAAUUUGCAACAAAGACAAACUAGAAUAGAACAAGUGCAAACAGAAGCUGACAAAUAUAUGCCCCUCGUUGGGAGUUCAGCCCAUGGAAUGUUAUGUAGGACAAAAGGAAUGGAAGAGAUAUUUCAGUAACAUUUUGUUCUCUGUCAAAAACCUUCUGAAAUAUAAAUCUGCUGUGUAUUGGAGAAUGGAUACAGCAAUUGAUUCAAGUUGAAUAGCUUUCAUUUAACUAGAAUAUCCCACAGAAAGCAGUUCUUGUUCUGACAACCAUAUUUUUGCUUUCUUUCACUUAAAGAAAAUAGAAUUCAUGUUUACAUAUCUUAUAGGGUUGUUUUAUGGACAAAGACAGGUCAAACCCCAUCACACUGGCUAGUGUUACAACAAAUAGAAAUAUUUCUAAAUGAAAUAACGUUUCUAAGCAGGGCCAGUGCCUGCAGUAAUAAUACUAGGUUGGUAUUAUGAAGCCAUUUGCAACUAUAAAUAAUUCAGUCAUAGAUGUGCUUUUUUUAAAAUCCUGGUUUUUUAAAAUUCUAGUCUUUUGCCAGUACACACACCCAUACACAUACUUCACCUAUUUGCAUAAUAGAGGAGGCAUAUGAAUAUGUAUAUAAUAAAGUCACUUUAUUUUGGACUUUCUGAAGCAGAUUACCUUUUUUCUUCUCCUCAUGAUGGCUCCCUGAGUUGCUUCCAAUUGUUGAAAUUCCAUAAUUACCCACAGAUACGGAUGUGCUCUUCUAAGGGUCUUACCAUGUCAACCAACCCGGCUGAAAGCUAAUAGCCAGUGUUAGCGGUUGAAGGAACUGAGCUUUAGAAUUGAGAGACCCCAGCAAAGGAAGUUCUGUUUUUAUUCUCCAUUUCUACACUCCUCAAGGAGAAAUUAGGUGUUUAUUAUUUUGUUUUGUUUUUUAAAUUCCCAGAUCAUUCUGGCAUUGGUCCUGGAUCCGCAGCAAAUGUAAUUUUUAGCAACAUCUAUUACUCCUGAAAUAUUUUGGCUGUUUGUGGCCCGUAUGAUUCAGUAGACUCUGAGGUUUUCCAAGUACAUUAAGGACUUAAAUACAGAAUGUCUUAAAAUUUUAGGGUUAUUGAUCAAGAGAAAGCUUCUCUAGGAAUAAAGUUCUGUUAGGUUUUAGCCCUAUUCUGCUUUCAAAAUUCUUAACUGGAUGCCUUCUAUUUUGCUUUCUUUCUGUGUUUAUACUAAUUUACUACUUGGGUUUAUCGUUUUCUUACUUAGAAACUACUUUUUUUUUUUUUUUUUGUAAAUGCAUAGCCCUUAAAAAUAUAAAACAGUUCCAAACAGUUCCAACCUGUUCAUUCUUUAUAUCUUGACCAUCUUUUCUGUCUUAUUGCUGAACCAUCGCUUCUCUUUCUACUUCUCUUCUGGGAUUUCAUCUUGCUCAGCUAAAAUUCUGGUGUGUGAUUCUGAAUAUUAUGGCUUGAGUUUCCUGACCAGCGUCUUGCAUCUGAGUCCAUUUCCUGUGCUUAUGGCUGCUGGCAUUCCAUUCACUGCUCCUGGUCAAAACUGAAACUUCUCCUGCUAAUGAGAUUAGGCCUUACAACACUAUUAAUUUCUUCAUCUCUAUUUCUUGCUCCAUUGCCAUUUCUCAGAGAUGAAAAUCUAUUUGUCAUUAAGAGAUUCAUUUUGGCGUCACUUACUAAAGUUCCCUUGGAUUUUUCUGUUCUGCAUACACCCUACAGCUUCAAACUGCAACAGUCAUCAACUGGUCUUUGACAAAUUAGUUGUCUCUACACAUGGUUUACAAUAUUACACUAGCUGUUUAAAAAUAAUUAAGCUUCUCUCUGUGUUCUUUGCUUUGGGUCAGGAACUUUACUUCCUUUGCCGUGCAACGCAGAAGUUAAUCACAAAUGGGUCCUGUGAACCAAAUAAUUAAAAAUAGAGCAAAGUUUCUGAACCAGGCGGUUGGCAGAAACGUCUGUACUUCCAUCUGUGCAUGGUUAGGAAAAUAUUUCAUGAUAUUUAAAUAGCAUCAGCUUUGCUCUCUUUUGUGUGAGAGUGUGUCUGUGUGUCUAUGCGUAAUUCAUUGCUUUGAAGGUUUGUUUGACUGUUAGAUAAUCGUAUAAAAAAAGUUACUGGCAAGGAAACAGGAAAGCAAAUCCAGGUGUUUUGUGCAUACAUUCUUUAUUUACCAGUCUCUGUGAAGGAGCAAUGAUCUUGCUUUUGCUUUUCUCUGUAACUGAAAGUUUUUGCUUUGUUAUGUGCUGCAGAAAACUAAGUAACAUUGCAUUUUGACUUAGAAAUCUUUAUGUCUCUUGAUUUUCCACUUACAAAUAAUCUUUGCUAAUGGUGUGGGGAGCUGUUCUUACGUAUCCAAAAUGCUAGUGAAUCUAUGUUGGUUUGGAGUGUGGCAGAUUAGGCAUUUCUGCUCUCUGGAAAGGGGAUUUAUGUCUAGAAUAUGCAUCAAAUUCACAAACGCUUUGUGAUAUAAGUGCAGACACAUGAGUGACUGGUUUUGACAGGAAUUUAAUCCUUCAAUUGGAUUUCCCUUUGUUCUUGUGAGUAAUCAGUAUCUCAUAAAAUAUAUUCAGUUUUGGCUAAUUGUACAGCUAUGAUAUAACUUUAAGUUUCUAAGAUGUAAAUUACUAUGUGAUAUAAAGAUAAUUCCCUUCUAGUAUUUUUCUUUUGUAACAGCCUCUUUUUACUCCUGAAAAGCUCUCUAUUUUAAGGUUGAUUUCAUUGUGCUAGGAGAACUGUUGUGUUAGAUAACAACUAAUGCCCAAUAAAUACACUGAAGGGAGAUUAGGAACUAUUAAAGAAAAAACACAAAAGAAAUGUCUUAAUUUCAUUCUUGCGGAACAUAUAUAUUUCCCAAAGUUGUCAGUUUCUUUAUGUUUCUAAAAUCUUACCAGGGAGGCAUAUUCUUAAUACUUUGAUAAUAGAAUUAAACAUUGAAAUGUAGAUUGAACAUGCUCACAUUAACUGAAAUUAAGGAAAGAGGAAUACAUUUCAUUAUUAAUGUAUCAGUGAAUUCUGGAGUUUAGCUAUGAACCGGAGUCAACUAUAAUCAGUAACAGUUUGAUUAUUUAGGCAGUUUGUCAUUCAUGAAAUUUAAAUCAGAAGGGUCUUUAAACAUCUUUUUGUCUAAUCUCAUUUUGCAUUCAAUUUAAUUCUAUUUUUUCUCAGCCUACUAUGUGCAGAGUCCUAUGCUAGCAGGGAAAAAUAAUGCUGAAUAAGUUGUGGCCCAUGGUUUCAAACAAAUUAAUUUUUGAUGACUCUUUGAUGUUUUUUUCUGUAUUAUUUGAUGGACAGCUUUUUGUUUGUUUGUUUUUUGAGAUGGAGUCUUGCACUGUUGCCUGGGCUGGAGUGCAGUGGCACAAUCUCAGCUCACUGCAACCUUUUAAAAAGAGCUAAGUGGAUGUUCCUAAUGAUUGUUCUUCAUCAGUGUAAGAUAUUAGGACUUAAUGUAUUUUGUGAACUCUGAGUACACCUACAGGUGAGUGGCAGAUAUCUUCAUACUUUCAAUUACUGCUGGAGUUUGUCUGUACCCCAAGACAGAAUUUUGGUCUUCUCUUAUAUAUAGCAGUUAAAUCACUAAUAUUAAUGAGACUUCCCUGAAAGGGUGCCUGGAUAUUCAGAUUCUUCAUACUUUUCUUAUAAACCAUUAGAUUUGUUUCCCCUAUUCAUUUGGGCAUCUUCUAGUGACAUAUGGAGUGUCUCUUAAAAAAGAGGAACUUGAUUGCUGAUAGUUUUAUUCAAUAAAUCAUUGUUAAUACAUAUUUAUUUGUGAUCAAAAACAUAAGGAGGGAGUGUACACACUCAAAAAAGGUCACAAUGCAGCGAGUCUGUUCUUUUAACAAUAAUAAUGGCUGGCUGGCAUACUGAGGAUUUAGGAUGUGUCAGUCACGGUACUAAUCACUUAAUCCUCACAGUCAACCUACAUAGGUCAUUAUUAUCUCCACCUUACAGAUAAGGUAACCAGGUUAGUAGCUUGCCCAAGGUCACAGAGCUAGUAAGUGCUGGGAGUGGGAUCCAGUGCAUGCCAUUUUAACCUUGGACCCUGUGCUUUUAACUAAUGAUACUCUAUUGCCUACCACCUGUGUCAUCAUAGAACUUGCACAGUUGUGUUCAAAAAUCAUUUUUACUAAAUAUAAAAUAAAAUAUGGUAAAAUAAAAAUACAAA